UUAUCAGAAGUGCCAUUUUACUGUUGGAUAUUACCAUUCACCAAUCGGUUUUCGGUGAUGAAAAAAUUGGCAAGAACCGCCAUCCUACAUGGCCCCGAUAUCAAAGCGGACGAAGUCACGGGCAGAGGCUUGUUAUGAAUAAAACAAAUUGUGUCAUUAUAAUUAAUUUGUAAACCUCGUUAUUUCUACUUUGCUUUUAUUGAUAAAGAUUAGAUAUCGUUAAUUUAUUUAAUAAAUGUGCUAAUUAAGUUCAAACAUUAAUAAAAACUAUUUCAACACGUACGCACAUUCACCAUGGGUAUCCUACAGCCGAUGUGUUUUUUGGCUAUUGUGGUAUUUCUUCAAGUUGUAUCUGGCUCAGCUGUCCAUGAAGCGGACAACUGCACUAAGAGCAACCUGGAGAUCGUUGGCGGUCACAAGGUGUCCGUUCAAGACGUGCCUUUCAUGGUGGCAUUGUACUACAAACCCGAAGGUGCAGAAUACCAGGCGUUCUGCGGCGGUUCCAUCAUCCAUGAGCGCUUCGUGUUAACUGCCGCUCAUUGCCUUUACUUUAUCGACUGGAAACAGCAAGAAAAUGCUACAAAAAGAGUCCUCAUCGGCUCAGACCGCCUCAACGCCGGCGGCAUCUUCAUAGAUGUGGAAGAGCAGUUCAUCCACGAGCAUUUCAGAUUACUUAACAUGACCCUAGAGAACGACAUAUGCCUCGUGAAACUCAAGGAGCCAGUAACGUUUGGUUGCAAGGUAGCGAAAGCAAAGUUGCCCGGUGAAAAUUACGAGUUGGAGGAGGGUACGCUAGUCAAUGUUACGGGAUGGGGUGAUAUCGGAAAUAGCACAGGUAUGGAGAAUGAGCUGCGCCAGACUACAGUGCCGAUCGUGUCUAACGAAUGCUGCCAGAAAGACUAUGAGGAGCUUACUGGAGAGCAAAUAUGUGCCGGAUCAAAAGGCCACGAUUCCUGCCAGGGGGACAGCGGUGGUCCCUUGACCUACAAUGGCGUGCAAGUCGGCGUAGUUUCCUUCGGCGAACGUUGCGGCAUUUACCCCGGAGUCUACACCAGGGUGUCUGAAUACUUGGUCUGGAUCAAUACAACCAUAGAGGAGAACUUGUGAACCAAACAUUUAUUGUAUAUAGGAAAGAAAUAUGUUCUAAGAAAAAAAUGAGUUUGACAACCUAACUAAGCGUUAUACGGCGCCACGUUUUGUGGUAAUGUCAAGCCUGACAAUAUUCUAUUUGGCCCUGAAAUUGUAUCGCUACAAGCAGCUUAGUUAUGGUAUGGCAAUCAUUUCAAAUAAAAUGUCAGUACCGGUUAUGUCAAUGACUGUUUCAAUUUUUUUUUUAUUAAACACAUUUCUUACUAGGCACUACUCCUUUUUGUUAUUACUGUAUUGAAAAUGUGGUUUCUUGCAUCAUUGACAACCUUCUUUGGCAUUUUUGUAGUAAAAUCGUUUAUAAUUGCGACAUCCUUUCUUCUUGCUUAUAUUGGUGACAUUCGAUGACUUUCACCGCCUGUUGUCAAAGAGUCUUCUUGCUAGUGAAAUAAAUUAUUACCAUUGAAAAUCCGCAACGUGGCCAAUUCCAAAUAAAAUCUUGCCAGGGUAUAAGCGAACUGUCAACUUUUGACAGCGAAAGUUGCCACAGAAUGUACGAAGCCAUAACAACGACUUACACGAUUGUUUCUUUGACUUUACACCUCUUCUACUAUUAAUAACUCUUUGUUGUGAAAUAAACUUCAGCAUAAUUUGUUUACGUGUAUUAAAAGUGCAUAAAAAAAUAGUCUUUUUAUUGUUUCUCAUUCGAUAAACAUGCUAAUUAAAAGUACGAUAACUGAGGCCGUGGACUGAACGCACGCGUACGAAGUCGCAAACGUUGUACAGAUAAAGCGCACAGUGCAGUACAAACGUGAGGUGCGACCGAAAGAGAA